AUGACGCACCACUUCCCUACCCUCACACCUGAGCAGAAGAAGGAGCUCCAUGACAUUGCUCUUCGCAUCGUGGCAUCUGGGAAAGGCAUCCUGGCCGCAGAUGAGUCCGUAGGCAGCAUGGGAAAGCGCCUGAACCAGAUCGGUGUGGAGAAUACAGAGGAGAACAGACGCCAGUACCGUCAGGUGCUCUUCACGGCAGAUGAUCGUAUUGAUAACUGUAUCGGAGGAGUCAUCUUCUUCCAUGAAACACUCUAUCAGACUGCAGAUGAUGGCACCCCUUUUGUUAAAAUGAUCAAGGACAAGGGCAUCACAGUAGGAAUUAAGGUUGAUAAGGGUCUUGUUCCCCUACCAGGAACUAAUGGAGAGACUACCACACAGGGUCUGGAUGGACUCUCAGAGCGCUGUGCACAGUAUAAGAAGGAUGGGGCAGACUUUGCUAAGUGGCGCUGUGUGUUGAAGAUCAGUGACACCACUCCCUCUAGACUAUGCAUUGAGGAAAAUGCCAAUGUCCUUGCCCGCUAUGCCAGCAUUUGCCAGCAGCACGGCAUUGUACCCAUUGUGGAACCAGAGGUCCUGCCUGAUGGAGACCAUGACCUGAAACGUUGCCAAUACGUUACAGAGAGGGUUCUUGCAGCAGUGUACAGGGCCAUGUUUGACCAUCAUGUAUAUCUGGAGGGUACACUGCUCAAGCCUAACAUGGUGACUGCUGGUCAUAGCUGUACCAUAAAAUACAGCGCAGAGGAGGUCGCCAUGGCAACUGUCACUGCCCUGCGUCGCACCGUCCCUCCAGCCGUCACAGGAGUGACGUUCCUCUCUGGAGGUCAGAGUGAGGAAGAAGCCUCAGUCAACCUGAACGCCAUCAAUAACUGCCCUUUGAUGAAGCCUUGGGCCCUCACCUUCUCUUUUGGCCGUGCACUCCAAGCCUCUGCUCUGAAAGCGUGGCGUGGACAGAAAGAGAACGAGAGUGUUGCAACUGAAGAAUUCAUCAAACGAGCAGAGAUCAACAGCCUGGCUGCUCAGGGAAAGUACACUGGAGGUGGUGAUGGCAGUGGAGCAGCUGGCCAAUCCCAUUACAUCUCCAACUAUGCCUACUGA